UACAUUUUUUUAAAAAUACGACAAAUGCGGGUAAUAUUUAUUUAAUAAAGGAGGAAACAAAACACAGAAGGAACAUGAAUUUAACGCAAGGCACCACCCAAAUGCGAUUGUACUACUAAAAAAUGUUUCGAAGUCGAAGUUGGUUUGGAGGAGGGCUUUGGAAGCCCAAAAAUCCGCAUUCGUUAGAGCAUCUUAAGUACUUAUACAAUGUUCUGUCAAAAAAUCAAACUGUGUCUGAAAAUAAUAGAGGUUUAUUGGUAGAAACACUUCGUUCUAUAGCUGAAAUUUUAAUAUGGGGUGACCAAAAUGAUAGCAGUGUAUUUGAUUUCUUUUUGGAGAAAAACAUGCUUUCAUUUUUUCUACGUAUAAUGAAACAAAAAUGUGGAAGCUAUGUAUGUGUUCAAUUAUUGCAGACCUUAAAUAUAUUGUUUGAAAAUAUACGCAAUGAAACAUCUUUAUAUUACUUACUUAGUAAUAAUCAUGUAAACAGUAUAAUAGUGCACAAAUUUGACUUCAGCGAUGAAGAGGUGAUGGCAUACUACAUCAGUUUUUUAAAGACUUUAAGCUUGAAGUUAAAUGCACAUACCAUACAUUUCUUUUAUAAUGAGGUAAACGAGCACACCAAUGAUUUUCCAUUGUAUACGGAGGCAAUUAAAUUUUUUAAUCACUCUGAAGGAAUGGUUCGUAUAGCAGUGCGAACUUUAACUUUAAAUGUAUAUCGAGUAGAAGAUGCCUCUAUGCUAGCAUUUAUAAGAGACCGCACUGCUGCACCCUAUUUCAGCAAUCUUGUAUGGUUUAUUGGUAAUCACAUUAUAGAGCUUGACACUUGUGUUAGAAAUGAUGCUGAUCAUCAAAGCCAAAACAGAUUAUCAGAUUUAGUAGCAGAACACUUAGAUCAUUUACAUUAUUUAAAUGACAUUCUUUGUUUAAAUAUAUCUGACUUGAAUAAAGUGUUAUCAGAGCACCUGCUUCACAAAUUAUUAGUUCCAUUGUAUGUUUACUCACUUAUGAGACACAAAAACCUGCUGUGCCAAAAUCAGGAAGAAAGGAAAUAUGUGAGCAUUGUUGUAGCCCUAUUUUUACUUUCCCAAGUAUUCCUAAUAGUCCCUCAUGGUCCUCUUGUACAUACAUUAGCAGCAGUAAUACUGUUGUCAGAUUUAGAAACAAUACAAACAGGUGCAAGUAAAGUACUUGAAAUGUACGGUGAUAUUUCAUCAAAUAAACCAAUUGCUUUUUCACCACCAAAAGAAAGUUUAGAAAAGUCUCUUGAAAAUUUAAGUGAAUCCUUAACAGUAUCAGAUGAACUUUGUGAAGAAGAAAGUACUUUGGAAGAAAAAAAGGAUAAUACUGAGGAUGGAGAGAUGCAUCUGUACAUAUACCAGAACAAUCCCUUAACACCACAAACACAGAAAAAUGUAACUGAAUCAUUACCAAAUAAGCCAUUCUUAGAAACUAUCCUAAAUUCUUUAUUUUGCACAGAAAAUGAUUAUGCUACGUUAUUCGCGUUAUGUUUAUUGUAUGCCUUAGUUAACAAUCAGGGCAUCGAUAGCAAAACGUUGGAACCGAUUUUAUGCAGUUCACAAAAAUCAAGUUUUUAUAACGAAAUUUUAAUAGAUAGACUAAUUCAUAUUAUAACGUUAAGUUGUCAAACAAAUGCUAGAGUGAGACUUGUUACAUUGGAAUUGGCAAUUAAAUUAUUAGUACAAUUAGUAAUAUCAGAAGGACAAAUUAUGUUAAAAGAUUCACAUGUGGCAGCGAUCGAAGCGGCCAAAGAGCAGAGUACAUCCUUACUAAAGAAUUUUUAUAAGAGUGAAGACAUAUUCCUAGAUAUGUUUGAGGAUGAAUAUAGCGAAAUUCAAAAACGACCCUUGAAUGUUGAGUGGUUAAUGAUGGAUAGUAAUGUUUUAUUACCACCGACGGGAACCCCAAUGACGGGUAUCGAAUUUACUAAAAGACUACCAUGUGGAGAAGUUGAAAGAGCACGGCGAGCAAUAAGGGUAUUUUUUUUAAUAAGAGAUCUAUCAUUGAGUCUAAAUAUGGAGACAGAAACACAGUUGCCACUAACAAAUCCAGCCAACUGUAUUCAAGUCAACAAUGUUCUUGAUCUAAGUAAAAAUAAUAGCGAUUUAAUCGCAUGUACGGUUGUGUGGAAAGAUGGUCAAAAAAUUCGCCGUUUUUUAGUCAUCGAUGUUGUACAGUUAAUUCUUGUUGAACCUGAUACUAGCAAGCUAGGUUGGGGAGUAGCAAAAUUGGUGGGCUUUUUGCAGGAUAUCGAAGUAGCGGGUGAUAAAGAUGAUUCUAGAUGCCUGCACCUAACAAUUUAUAAACCAUUAAGUAGUAGCACCGGCAAUCGUGUUCCACUGUUAUCAACAAAAUUCAUUUUCGAUGAUCAUAUUAGAUGUAUGGCCGCGAAACAAAGGCUAACAAAAGGAAGGAUAAAAGCACGACAAAAGAAAAUGAAUCAAAUUGCAAGACUACUGGACAUUCCCACAAGUAUACCACACUCUGCGACACCACCGAAUUAUGCACUCCGGGGUUUUCGUCGUGAACGUGUAGGACGUGGCCAAAGACCAAAAGAUCAACAGCCGCGUCCAAUGUUUACGGUAAACAAAGUUCCUGGAUUUGCGGCACAAAUGCGCAGAGAAAGCAUUGCUAGACCCACUGCCGGUCUUUCAUCGUCAACUCCAAAACGUGGAGAUAAUAUACCAAACGAAAAAGGUCACGAAAAUAGUUUACGGUCCCGUGAUAGUUCACCGAAGAUGCCAAGGCCACGAAGUGAAGAAAUUCCUUUAGAAGACAUGCGACUUCGAAAAGCAUCAUUAACUUCUAACGGACUUAGCAUAUCACACAUAUGUCAAGAAACGAAAGAUGGUCAAAUUUCUGCUUGUUCAACUAAUGGCGAAUCGUCAGCUGUGAUUAGAAAACAUUCUGAAGAAACGUCGUUUACCUGCCCACAAGAAGUGAAACCACCACGUAGAAAAGGUCAAGUGGAAACAGUAUGAUUCUGAAGACAGAUUUCUAAAAAAAAGUAGGUUAAAUGAAAAAUUUUCUAGAUAGCUUAGAGAAAACAAAGUGAAUGAAAGAGUGAAAAUGUAAAUUUGGAAUUAAGAAAAGAAACAUUUCAUUGAUGGAAUAAAGGGUUUUA